AUGGCUUUUCGCCGUACGCUGGCCAAGCCAGUGGCUGCUGCGUCUCAGAUAUCAGCCUCGACAACCGCAUCCGCAAGACCGGCAGCCAAAUCGUUCCUCGCUCGCAAUGGCACCCGAUCAACGAGCAGCUCUACCUCUGCACUGGCCUACAAGGCCAUGCACCGCCGCUCACCUCUAAAGCUGCCUGUGUCCGACAACGCUCCCCAAUGGGACGCUCCGGCCGCCGUUUCUUCUAUCUUGUACGAGACACCACUGCCCUCCACAAACCCGCCCAAGCGACACAUCCUGAACUGCCUCGUUCAAAACGAACCUGGUGUCCUGUCCCGUGUCUCUGGAAUUCUGGCCGCUCGCGGGUUCAACAUCGACAGUCUGGUCGUCUGCAACACCGAAGUCGCCGAUUUGUCUCGCAUGACCAUCGUUCUCCGUGGUUUGGAUGGCGUCGUUGAACAAGCUCGUCGCCAACUCGACGAUCUCGUCCCCGUCUGGGCGGUGCUGGAUUACACUGAAGCACCCCUCGUGCAGCGCGAACUCCUGCUCGCAAAAGUGAGCACUCUUGGCCCCGAGGCGUUUGAGGAAUUGCUCAAGCAUCAUCGUGAAAUGACCUCUGAUGAGGCUGCGGGUGCGGAGAAUGAACAUGGCGUUGCUAUUGAGGACUCGCAUUUCCAUCCUCGAAAUAUUCCUGCUUCCCAAGCGCUCAGACAUAAGCACGAGCAUCUCGAUGCCAUCACUCGUCUUACGCAUCAGUUUGGUGGUAAGGUUUUGGAUAUUAGCACUAAUAAUUGUAUUGUCGAGUUAUCCGCCAAACCAUCUCGUAUCGACUCCUUCCUCAAACUCGUCGGUCCCUUCGGUAUCCUGGAAUCAACCAGAACCGGACUGAUGGCCUUGACUCGUUCACCUCUUACUGAAGUCACCGAAGAAGUUGAGAAGGAAGCCGCUGACGUUGUCGAUGCUAGCACCUUGCCUCCUGGUUAA